UAAAGUUGCAUCCCGUUGACUCAAGUUCAAUCAUGAAUGAAAUAUAUCCAUUAAAAUAAUAAUCAAACGAGGCCGCAGAUUUUGAGCAUAGAAAAUUACAAAUUCACUUUGUUUUGAUUCUUAUAUCCAUCCGCCCUUCAAUCCUUGUUGUUGUCAAGAUGAAGCCGUUCAAAGUUUUGCAAUUACUGAUCUUAACUUUGUUAACAUCAUCAAUUGAAGCUCAGCUCACCAAGCCACGUUGUGAUACAGCCUGUGGGGAUGUCCAGAUUACAUAUCCAUUCGGGAUUGGACGAGAAUGUUCUGCCAACGAAUGGUACACAAUCAACUGUAAUUCCUCCACACCGUAUCUAUCUGCACUCAACAACGUAGAGGUAUUGGUAUUGGAUAUAAACUUGGCAACUGUCACUGUUAAUAUCUCAUUAAUUAGUGUUGAUUGCCAGAAUCCAGUCCAGUAUAGCCAUCUUAUUCUAAACACCAGCUAUGGCAAUAGCCCCUUCCUAUUUUCCGCAUCCAAUAACAUACUUAUUGUUAAUGGGUGCGGCAGUGCCGCCAUCAUGGAGAAUGGCACUGUUGUUGGUGGUUGUUCCACAACUUGUGGAACAACCACUAACACUGUUAUUGUCACUGACAGUGACACAAACAACUGCUUUGGCAUCGGUUGUUGCCAAACUACAAUUCCUCAUGAUCUCCACUCGUUUACCUUAAACCUAACAGGGAUGGAAAAGCAAGAUAGAGAUGGAACGUGCAGUGGGUCUGCUUUCUUGGUGGCAGCAGAUUAUGCAAGAGAAUUUUCGAGCCAAUUUAACGACAAUUUCGCUCCUAUCUCACUUUCAUGGAAUGAAACAUUCGAUGAAAAUUCAAUAAGAUGCAACGAGACAUGUGGGGAUGUCUCGAUUCCUUACCCUUUUGGGAUUGAAAGAAGUUGUUCAGAGAGUGAUUGGUUCAAUGUUGAUUGCAACUCCUCGACACCUUAUUUAUCCGCAUUCAACAAUUUAGAGGUUUUGGGUAUUAGUUUGGAAAAUGAAACACUCACUGUUAAUGUGCCAAUGUUUUCUAAUUGUGAAAAUCUAGUUUAUAACAACAGCCUUAACCUAAACGGAAGUCCCUUCCGAUUUUCCGGAUCUUACAACAUACUUGUGGUUGAGGGGUGUGGUAGUGCUGCUAUUAUGUAUAAUGGGAGUGUUGUUAGUGGUUGUUCGACAACUUGUGGCAAUGACAUUGUUAUUGAAAAGAACAAUUGCUUUGGCAUCGGUUGUUGCCAAACUAUGAUUCCUGAUUAUCUCCAGUCGUUUACCUACGAUGUAACAGGUUUGAAAAGGCAGACUGGAAAUAAGAGUUGUGGGUCAGCCUUUAUGGUGGAUAUGAAGUCUUUCCUUGAAGGAAGAAUGUCACAACAAUUUGUUCCGGUGACACUUGGGUGGUGGUUGGAUCCUGGAUUAUUAAUAGCAGCAUGUGAUUGGUGUCGACGUUAUGGGGGGUUUUGUCAACAAAAUUAUACCGAAGGUGGGGGCUGGAGCAGGAGGUGUAUAUAUCGUGAAAGAAGGAAUACAGAAUCACAUACUGGUGUUAUUGAAGGUGUUAGUAUAAGCAUGGGGUCACUUCUCCUAAUGGUGAUCGUUUAUGUAUUAUACACAAUAAAUAGGAAAACUAAAGCCAAGAUGAAGACUAAAAGGUACUUUAAACGCAAUGGUGGUAUACUUCUUAAACAACAACAAGCAACUGAUAUUGGUUUAGUUGACAAAACCAUACUUUUUACAUCCAACGAAUUAUCAAAGGCCACGGAUAAUUUUAAUGAGAAUAGAAUUCUUGGUCGAGGAGGUCAAGGUACAGUGUAUAAAGGCAUGUUAUCCGAUGGAAGGAUCGUAGCAAUCAAGAAAUCAAAGGUGGUUGAUGAAAGCCAACUAGAACAAUUUAUUAAUGAAGUGGUCAUUCUUUCACAAGUCAAUCAUCGAAAUGUCGUUAAACUAUUGGGAUGUUGCCUAGAAACCGAGGUCCCACUACUUGUCUCCGAGUUCAUCUCGAAUGGUACCUUGUAUGACUUUAUUCAAGAUGAAACUAACGAGUUCUCAAUCUCUUUAAACAUGAGAUUACAAAUCGCCACAGAGGUUGCAGGAGCACUUUCUUACUUACAUUCAUCAACCUCCACUCCAAUAUACCAUAGAGAUAUUAAGACUACUAACAUACUUUUGGAUGAAAAGUAUAGAGCAAAAGUUUCUGACUUUGGAACUUCACGGUUUGUGUCAUUAGAACAGACUCACUUAACUACAUUAGUCAAAGGGACCUUUGGUUACUUGGAUCCAGAGUACUUCCAAUCAAGUCAAUUUACUGAAAAAAGUGAUGUAUAUAGUUUUGGAGUUGUUUUGCUUGAACUCUUGACAAGAGAAAAACCAAUAUCCUUGACUAAAUUUGGGGAACAUAGAAGUUUAGUUGCAUAUUUUAUGGAAGCCGUGGAAGAAGGUCGUGUUUUAUCUAUUUUGGAUGCAAUGGUUGUUAAGGAGGGUUCAAUGAGUGAGUUGUUAGCCAUAGCUAAUUUGGCAUUGCGAUGCUUGAAUUUGAAUGGGAAAAAUAGGCCAACAAUGAAAGAAGUUUCUAUCGAGUUAGAAGGCAUGAGAUUAUCACAUGUGCCAUUUACGAUUCAAACUAGUUUUGGACAUGUAAAGAAUAGUGAGGAAUUACCACAAAUAUAUAGCGGGUCAACAUCAACAUCAUUCACAUUCAAUGACCUUUGUAGAUGAAUUUUGGUAAACCUAAGAAUUCUUAAUUAUUUCUUAGUUUAUUUCAAUAUCAUCAUUUGUUUAUAAAUAAGUUGUAUGUGAAAGAGUAUUUUAUAGGAAACCCUUGUUUCCUCUUUCUCCCCUAUGUGUAUACAUAAACAUUUUAGUAUAUCUGAAAAUUUGUCUGAAUUGUUGAAGAAAACAUCAUGAGUGCAGCACCAUUUUAGUUAUAAUCCUACAAACUUUAAACAAAAUUACAAUGGCCGACAAGCACCUGAUACCCAAUAGUGACGAACUUUUAGAGGAAUCGUUUGGAGUAACUAUGUUUUCCAACCUUUAUUUGGGAUCAGGGUAAAACCUAUCAGAUGUGGCAAAGAAACAUUUAGAACACAUUCAGGUCAAUCCCAAGUUGUGUCUUUGGGGCAUGUUAUCACUUCGGUAGGUGUACAUGGAGAUGAUAGUUUGGUUUUUUUUGUAUAUAUUUUAGAAUUCGUUUUCUUUUUAGUUUUAGUAUUUUUAAUAUUAUUUCUGCAUUAGAUCGUUAGAUUUAUUGUUUUGAAUAUUUUUAUUCGUUUAAGCUAUUUUUGUGUAGAUUUGUACGAGAAAGAUGGUAUUUUGGAGAAUCUUUAAAGCCACAUCGAAUACCUUGCAACCACGAUUGAAGUCUCAUAGCAAAGUCCGUGAGCGAAAAGAAAAUCAAAACGAUAUAUUUUAAUUUUUGGAUUUCAACAGCAUUGCACGACUUUAUUCAAGUGAUUAGACGGAGAGGAAAACGUUGUCCGAUUGAGCUGAAAUUUUACGGACGUCUUCCCAACUCAUCAAUCUUCGACCUCACUAAAAACGAGCGGAUUUGAACAAGUUUUGAUAUGAUUUUUAGCAUCAUGAACAUCAAAGCAGGAAGCUGCCAGCUUUAGCUUUGGCAGCUGGCAACCCAAAACAUAAAGCUUUUGGCAUCCUAUUUUUUGAUUUUAAAUAGCCCAAUAUCAAAAGCUCAAGUGUAUUUUCCAGGAGCCCUGAAGCAAUUUAAUUGGGCCUGUCUUGUGUGGAGUAGAAAAAAUCGCAACAUUAAAAUAGAAAGAAAGGUAAGAGGAGGGUGUGGCGCCUCUUUGGUGUGCGGAUGUCAACGGGGGAAAACAGGGCGAGGAUUGCGUCCCCUGCCCCUACCCCCGAAAUUUUUCAGUUCCCCCGUCCCCGCCCCCGAAAUCUCUAGCCUUCCCACUUGGAUUAUAGAUGGAGUUUUUGGAACAACAGAAGUGAUGAUAUCAUGAAGCUGCGUCAUCUUCGUUUCAAAAUCGGUAUUAGUAUAAUUUCUAUCAUUUUUAUUGUUAGUAUUAUUUUUUGUAGUUAGUUUUUAUAUUUCAAUGCUAGGUGAAUUUAUAGAACAAUAGACUAGUUUUGUAUGUUUUUUAUGGUAUUCUAUGAAAGCAUUUUGUAGAGAUGUGAAUGUUUAAUCAGUUGGUUAAUUUCUUGAUUA